AUGACCGAUAGAUCAGCUCCGAGGCUCUACCCAUGUUACUUGUUGCAAGAUAACAAAAUACCAUCUGUUGUUUGGUUCGAAGAUGCUCUUGGUCAUCACGGGGUAUCGACUGUUGUGUUUAAUCUAUAUCUGCUCGUCGACGAUAUUGAGGCGGCUGCGCAAGUGCUAGUACGAGACGGAUGGUCUAUCGUUGCGUUUGACUCUUCGCAAUUUGACAUCGGAUUCUCAGCAAAAGCUCACCGUCGCCUACUUCCACCCCAAACUCUUAACGAGAAUGAUCCAACAAAAGCCUCCACACAUUUCACUGGCCCACCACCGCCUCCUGCACCCCCAACCAACAGACCAGCAAGUGCAACAACGACGAUACUCCUACCAGCUGAGGAAUGGAAUUACAAGCUCCCACCGAGCACCGAUGUUGUGACAAGCUACUAUCCACCACUGCCGGAUCUUCUUGAUGCUCUCAUCGACAGCUUCUUGGAUUGUACACCGGGUAUGCUCUUUGCACACCUUGCUUGUCAGGUGGGUUACCUUUAUCAGUACGUAUCGGCAUUGAAGAGCCCUUCAUUUUCGGAUCAAUUAAAAUACGACCAUCGACAAUUCCAUCUCGACAGCUUGUCGGGGAUGUCAACUGGGACGGUACCAUUUGCUAAGCAUCAGCGGGCAAUCAGGGAGGCUUUGAGGGAAGGAAACUAUACUCUUCAAACAUGCUCUGCUUCUCGGGACAAUACCUAUCUCUUCAAUCAAGCAGAACAAAAACGACUUCACACCGCAAUGCGCCAGCGAGAUUUCUCGAGUUGA